GCAGUAGUAGCAGGAAGCGUGGUGGGAAAGGACAAAGGGGUGAAGCUUCUGGGUCAGGGCAACCUUCCAGUGAAGAUGUCUCUACUAGCAGGGGAGUCGCAGUUUGCAUGAUGUGUUUUGAAAAACGAGCAAAUGAGGAAGGUGCCGGAACUGGAAGGAGGAUGUUGGGAGGAGGUUCUUCAUCGAGUAAGCAGGCUGCCGGAGUGAGCAAAGCUGCAGUAGGCAGCAUUGUACAGAACCGGGGUAAUCUGAGUGGAGCAGCACCGAAGUCGAAAUCAAAAGCGAAAGCAAAGCCAAGUUUCGGUGCUGCCAAGAAGACUGUCGAUACAAUGGGCCUGAAUUACAAUGACCUAUUCUGAUGUGUCCAUGAGAUUAUUGUCCCUGAUGCCGCUCGUAUUCACAGCAAAUGUGCUUCUCUCUGAUGCUUUCUGGAAUCUCAUUUUUUGUUGUGGUUCUUCAUGUCAUCUUUUUCAUCACGGUCACCUCGAUUUUUCUAGAUGCCGCAGGGGUUGUUACCUUUGGUACUAUUGCAUGUUGUAGUCACUUAACAUUGCCACUUACCUCAACAUCUGCAAUUAUUCAUAAUACCGAAUUUGCGCCAUUCCCAUAUUGUAGGAGAGUGACCGAGACACGGGCACGGCAGCCAGAUCAAACUGGCUUUGCUGCAGCCGCGACCGCGUGCGUAAUGUAAUCGAAAGAAGAUAGAGUCUCUACUAGCUGCUUGGAGUGCCCGAUAACAACCCCUCGCGCUAGGAUUCCCCUCCUCCGGAAGUAACCCAGGGAACAGGCAAGGCAAGUCUUUAACUUUAAACAGUUUCGCUGAGAUUCAACUU